CAGUGGAGUGGGGUUCUUGACACAGUGCGGUGCUGACUGCUCCAGGACGUGUUUCAACAGAUGGUCGAGGUUAGAGAGUGUCAUCACAUCGGAGAGAGGAUUAGAGGCGAGAGGUUGUCUUCCAGGAGCUGUGUGGUCCCCCCUGCUCUUAAACCCAAAAUCCCAGCACCAAGACACAAACCCCUCUAUGAACGAAGGGAGACCUGGUGAAGAAACGCGAGAGGAAAACACAGAGAGGAAUCCUUGCCUUGCCACACACUCGGCCAGCGCUCUGCUCUCCUGGCUUUCAGUCGACCACAGCUGCAAGAGCAGCACGGGUGUGAGUGAGUGGCCUGGCUGGACCUCUUCUCCCUCCCUUCAUCUCUCCAUUAAUCCUCUCAUCUACCCAUCCCAUCUUUGGUCGUCUCAGGCACCAUGCUGAUGCAGUGGCUGGCUUGGUUGGCCCUGCUGUCUCUGGACUGGGCUCCAGGCAGCUGGGCCUUUAUCACCACCAGAGCUCAGGGCCUGAGGGGUCGCAUCCAGAGAGACCGCAGAAACAUCCGGCCCAACAUUAUCCUCAUCAUGACUGAUGACCAGGAUGUUGAGUUGGGUUCUCUGCAGGUAAUGAAUAAGACCCGUAAGAUAAUGGAAGAUGGAGGCACAACUUUCACCAAUGCCUUCGUCACCACACCCAUGUGCUGCCCAUCACGGUCGUCCAUGCUGACCGGCAAGUACGUCCACAACCACAACACCUACACCAACAAUGAGAACUGCUCUUCACCUUCCUGGCAAGCUCAGCAUGAACCACGCUCAUUUGCUGUCUAUCUCAACAACACCGGCUACAGGACAGGCUUCUUCGGCAAGUACCUCAAUGAGUACAAUGGCAGCUACAUCCCACCUGGGUGGCGUGAAUGGGUUGGAUUGAUAAAAAAUUCCCGCUUCUAUAAUUACACUGUCUGUCGGAAUGGUUACAAGGAGAAACACGGUGCCGAUUAUGCCAAGGACUAUUUCACAGAUCUGAUCACCAACGACAGCAUCAACUUUUUCCGCAUGUCCAAGCGGAUGUAUCCUCACCGUCCUGUCAUGAUGGUCAUCAGUCACGCUGCUCCUCAUGGCCCGGAGGACUCAGCUCCACAGUACGCUGAGCACUUCCCAAAUGCUUCACAGCACAUCACCCCCAGCUACAACUAUGCCCCAAAUAUGGACAAACACUGGAUCAUGCAGUACACAGGCCCCAUGAGACCCAUCCACAUGGAGUUCACCAAUUUCCUCCAUCGGAAGAGGCUGCAAACUCUCAUGUCUGUGGAUGACUCAGUGCAGAAGGUUUUUGACAUGCUAGAUGAAACUGGAGAGCUGGACAACACUUACAUCAUCUACACAGCAGACCAUGGUUACCACAUUGGACAGUUUGGAUUGGUGAAGGGCAAGUCGAUGCCUUAUGACUUUGACAUUCGUGUGCCGUUCUUCCUGAGAGGACCCAACGUCGAGCCAGGGGCAGUAAACCCCCAUCUGGUGCUGAACAUUGACCUUGCUCCCACGAUUCUCCACAUCGCUGGGCUGGACACUCCUCCAGACAUGGAUGGAAAGUCUAUCCUUAAGCUGCUGGAACAGGAGAGGACUGGCAAUAGAUUCAAACCCAACCGGAAACCCAAAGUCUGGAGGGACACAUUCCUGGUGGAGCGAGGGAAGAUUCUGAGAAAGAAGGAUGACUCUGUGAACACUCAGCACACUAACAGCCUUCCAAAGUACAAGAAGGUCAAAGAGACUUGCCAGCAGGCCGAAUACCAGACACCCUGCGAACAGCCAGGACAGAAAUGGCAUUGUGUGGAGGAGAUCACAGGCAAGUGGAGGAUACAGAAGUGUAAAGGCAGUUCAAAAGAAGGCUCCAGGAAGAGGGCCCGCAGUCUGAAGCCCCGCAGCAGUUACGACAACAGAGAGAGGGCCUGUGACUGUGGGGACGCUGCCUUCAAACCGUCCAGAACGGGCCGCCGCUCGCACCGACAGCUCUCAUCUGGCCAGCGUUAUCAACCACGUUUUGUCCACACCCGGCCAACCAGAUCUCUGUCUGUGGAGUUUGAGGGUCACAUAUAUGACAUUGACCUUCAAGCAGACGAUCAGUCAGCUGUCCGCCGCCGCGUCAUCUCCAAGCGUCACCACAACCCAGAGGACCCAGAGUUUGAUUUGGGCUCGGAUGAUGGUUCAGAGGAAAUGCUGGCGGAUGAUACCAAUGCUGUCGGAUACCCAAACUCUGUGAAAGUUACCCACAAGUGUUUUAUCUUGAUGAAUGACAGCGUCCACUGUGAAAGAGAAAUCUACCAGUCCUCCAGAGCCUGGAAAGACCAUAAGAGCUACGUGGACCAGGAGAUUGAAGCACUUCAAGACAAAAUCAAAAACCUCCGGGAAGUAAGAGGCCACCUGAAGAGGACGCGACCGGAUGAGUGUGACUGUGGAAAGAAGAGCUAUUAUAGCAAAGGAGACAGAAACAAGGCAGAGAGAUUGAAGAGCAGGAAAGAUCAACUCCAUCCAUUUAAGGAGGCUGCGCAGGAAAUGGACGUGAAGGCCCAGUUGUACAACGAGAUCCGGAGAAGGAAGAAGGAAAGGAAGGAGAAGAAGCGGCAGAGGAAGGGAGACGACUGCAGCCUGCCUGGCCUCACUUGCUUCACACACAACAACGACCACUGGCAGACCGCUCCCCUCUGGUCGUUGGGUGGAUUCUGUGCAUGCACCAGUUCCAACAACAACACCUACUGGUGCCUGAGAACCAUCAACGAGACACACAACACGCUGUUCUGCGAGUUCUCCACUGGCUUCCUGGAGUACUUUGACCUCAACAGUGACCCCUACCAGCUGACCAACGCGGUGUAUGCAGUGGAUCGGGAGGUACUUAACUCUCUCCACGCCCAGCUGAUGGAGAUGAGGAGUUGUCAAGGUUACAAGCAGUGUAACCCUCGUCCAAAAGGAUUGGAUGCAGGAGGUAAAGAUGGAGGAAGCUAUGAGCCACACAGGCAACAGCAGCAUCGAAAGUGGUCAAAGAGGAGACCGAGCCUCUCCUUCCUCACACAGCCAAUAUGGGACGGACGACAGGGUUAAACUACCCAACUUGACAGACGAGGAGGUGAACUGGCAGGGACUGGAGGAUCUGUACAGCAUAAACGAAAGCCUUUAUGAAUGUAGGCCUGACUACAGCCCCAGCCCAGACAACUGGGCCAACUUCCAGAAGGAUGUA